GUUUUAAGAAGUAUAAAAGUAUGUUAAUUGCUAGUAUUUUCAGCAAGUUAGCUGGUGUGUACUGUCUUUUUGGUUUUCGCUUUUUUUUCCUAACUAACUAUUUUAUAUAUCUUAGUUUGGUUUCCCCAUUGGUUUCAUAGCCCUUACCACCAUUUCAAAUAACAAUGUCGUUUUGAAUGAUUCAGUCAGAAGAAAGUUCUAUGAAGACGAUGAAAACAUAACUCCCAUUCCAGGCACUAUUGUUCCAGCCUCUGCCACUGAAAUUGAAAUGCUAGGUCCAAAUAAAAUUGUCGACGGAAUCUCUGUGCGUUCUCCAACUUUUACUGAAAACUUUUUCAAAUUUCUAAGAGGUAAAACACUAGGUUUGUACAACUGUUUGGAAGACGCUUCGUUAGGUGUCUCGAGAAAAUACUAUUCUACUGAAAAACUAGUCACUUCAAGUUUAGCAAAUUUGCGUUCAAAGAAUGAGGAUUUGUUGCCCAACAUUGUUUAUAUUACAAUUGCAACAUUAACAGGUGCAGUGAUUGCUCGUCAUAAAAACUUUUUUUUGAGGACCAGUUUGCCAAUUAUAUUUGGGUUAACAGCUUUUAAUUAUACAUUACCACAAACUUUCACAAACUCAACAAAAUUUGCAUAUUAUUUGGAAAAAAGAAAUUUACCAGCAGUUACAUCAGCCCAAGAUUCAGUUGUUAAUGGAGUUGAAAAUUUGAUUCAAAAUAUUGAAAACAAGUCUAAAGAUGUUCAAGAUUCGUUAAACAGUUCCAUUGAUUCAUCCAAGAAAUAUAUUGCAAGUGUUUCUGGUUUAAAUCUUGAUGAAGAGGUAACAACAAGAAAGGGAAAUUAAAAUGAACUCAGUAUAUGAAUAGUCUGUUUUUUUUGCUCUUUUUCUUUUAUUCUUAAUUUAUAAUGGAAAAAAAAAAGAGAGGAUGUCCAUUAACGUGAAAGGAUGUCUUUAUAAAAUAUAGCCUAUUUUUUUUGUUUUAUU